GAACACCAUCUUCUCGAAACAAUAGCCGACACGUGUCCCUUUCUCCCAUACUCAAAACCCUCGUCCCCCAAAUCCAUUUACAGUCGCCACUCGCCACUUUGUUUCCACCUUUUUCUUCUGUUAUUCACUAUUUUUAAUAUCGUUGAAUUCCUUCGCCUCAUCCUAUUUAUAGCUGUUGCAUAUCCCCUAAUCCGAAAUGGAAAAUAUCUCGAUAUGAUCGCCUCCGAGUUUUUGGUGUGGAAAUGCUGGAUCUUUUCGACCUCACUCAUUUUCGUUCUUUAAUCUGUUUGCGCAAGCGGAAAAAAUAUUCUUAUGUUUUGAUUUAGAACCGUUAGGGUUUUGGUUUUCAGCUAGUUUGAGCUGUGUUUGUGUGCGAUCCGAUUUUAGGACUAGUGUUUCUAGAUACUUUCGCAAUUUUUAAUUUCUUUUUCCUUUUUUUAGUAUACGGCCAGCUGAAUUUGGGGAUUUUGCUACACAUAGAGCUGAAAAAAGAGUUUUAUCUUAUUUAGGAGGAAAAAGUUGUUAAUUGUUUAUAGAAAUUAAAAGUGGCGAAGAUGAGUUUGAACACCGCAGAGGAUGACUCCGCAACUGAAAUCCAUCUGCCUGCUGAUAUAGAUUGGGAGAUGCUUGAUAAAUCCAAGUUUUUCUUCCUCGGCGCUGCUCUGUUUUCAGGUGUUUCAGGCACUCUUUACCCAAUUGUUGUGCUGAAAACGCGGCAGCAGGUGAUGUUGAACGACUGCCCUUGCUUCAAAAUGGCGGCCUCCAUCUUUAGAAACGAGGGGUGGAGGGGUUUCUACCGCGGUUUUGGGACUUCCCUUAUGGGAACUAUACCGGCCCGUGCCCUCUACGUGGGUGCUCUUGAGGUUACCAAGAGUAGCGUAGGCAAUGUUGCUAGUCUCCAGCUAGGUUUAUCCGAGGCCUCAGCUUCUGCCAUAGCUAAUGCCGCUGCUGGACUGAGUGCUUCCAUGGCUGCUCAGUUGGUUUGGACGCCAAUUGAUGUGGUGAGCCAGAGGCUAAUGGUGCAAGGAGGUGUGGGGGAUGGGAGUUCUUGCGCGGUUGGGUUGAAGAAAUAUAAUGGUGGGAUAGACGCGUUUAGGAAGAUUGUGCUCAUGGAUGGGGUGAGAGGGUUGUAUAGAGGGUUUGGGAUAUCUAUACUGACUUAUGCUCCUUCUAAUGCUGUGUGGUGGGCUUCUUACUCGAUGGCGCAUAGAGGGAUUUGGGGCUGCAUUGGAUGCUACUUCUGCAAGAAGAGUGAGAAUGGGAAUGGUUAUAGGCCGGAUGGAAAGUCUGUGAUGGCAGUUCAGGCAGUGAGUGCUGCAAUGGCUAGUGGAGCAUCUGCGCUCGUGACAAUGCCUCUCGACACCAUUAAGACGAGGCUGCAGGUUUUGGAUGGAGGCAGGGGUGGGGGUAGGACUCCCACAGUUGUGCAAACCGUGAGGAGCUUGGUGAAGGAGGGUGGGUUGGGUGCUUGCUACCGAGGGCUGGGGCCGAGAUGGGCUUCAAUGUCGAUGUCUGCAACGACCAUGAUCACCACCUAUGAGUUUCUCAAGCGGCUCUCGACUAAGAAUCAAGAGAGCUUUGCUUUGUGAUUUGAGUUGGAAGUAGAGCAGAUGAAGAAUCCAAGGGUUGAAGGAUGUAUUUUUCUCUACUGUCAGGCUCCUUUUGUCUUAGUUUUAUAUAACCUGGCCUAUUAUCAUACCAUGUAAAUCUUGUAUAGAUGUAGAAAUGCAAGUUUCAACCUUUUCUCACUCGCAUAAUGUUGUUGUCUAGACAGUUGAAGUUUCUUGGUCCGAAGUUAUGGAUCUCCAUGAAAACUAUCUUGAGCUCAUAGUUCUUGUUAAUGAUGUUGCUUUUUGUAUUUUGGGAUAUGAAAAUCUUGAUUGGACACUGAUAA